GGGAGUGCAAGUUGCUGAUGAAGUAUGUCGCAUUUUUUAUGACAUGAAAGUUCGGAAAUGCUCCACACCAGAAGAAAUCAAGAAAAGAAAGAAGGCUGUCAUUUUUUGCCUCAGUGCAGACAAAAAGUGCAUCAUUGUUGAAGAAGGCAAAGAGAUCUUGGUUGGAGAUGUUGGUGUUACCAUAACCGAUCCUUUCAAGCAUUUCGUGGGAAUGCUUCCUGAAAAAGAUUGUCGUUAUGCUUUGUAUGAUGCAAGCUUUGAAACCAAGGAAUCUAGAAAAGAAGAGUUGAUGUUUUUCUUGUGGGCACCAGAACUAGCACCUCUGAAAAGUAAAAUGAUCUAUGCAAGCUCCAAGGAUGCCAUCAAAAAGAAAUUCCAAGGCAUAAAGCAUGAAUGUCAAGCAAAUGGGCCAGAAGACCUCAAUCGAGCUUGUAUUGCUGAAAAGCUAGGUGGAUCCUUAAUUGUAGCCUUUGAAGGGUGCCCUGUGUAGAUGAAUCAGUGCCACAGAUUGAAAGCUUCCAUGUUUAAUGUUAUCCUCUUGCUAUCUAAGUAAAGCAAAUAUAUUUAGGCCAGGAUCUCACUGAGGGGGAGCUGUCUUGUCAUCUUUUAGAGUAAACUGAAUAUUCUAUAAACAUGUACAAACACAGCCCUAAAUAAAUCUAGAGUCUAAAGUUUUAUUGGUGUGAAAUUAAAUUCUUACUGGCCAAAUGCCUGUUUUGAUGAGUUGACCUAUAAAGAACUGUUUUUUGAGCUCAGGAUUUUUAAUAAUACAAUUCACAAAACAGUACAAGGCCAUGUGAAGGGAAUUAUUACAUCUUUGCUAACCUCAGCAGUUACUUUGUUUCUUUUGCUUAGAGAUUGGUUAUAAUCUGGUUAUAAUUUUGGCCCCAAAUUAUUCUUAAUUCCUUAUUUUUCCUUGAUCUGAACAGAAUAAUGGGAUGUAAUUCUUCUUAAAACAUUUAACACUAAUACACUGACAACAGUAAGGCUAAGACAGGCAGUUUUUCAGUUCUACCAAAUGUAUGAUGGAGAUGACCUCAGAAUUGUGUCCGCUUAUAAUUCACGCUGAGGUUGCAAAGCACAACUCCGAGCUGGGUGUUGGAGGCCAGGAGACACCACUGUGCCUGCAAUGAGCAGCCACUAGCUGAGAGACCACUGUGAGUGACCUUGCAUCUUGGAAAUCAUGGUACAUCCUCAGGAGAAUGUACACUGUCUUGUAACUAAUCAUAAAGCACGUUAGGGCUCCACUGUAAUCUGCUUUGAUAAUGAAAAUGAUAAAGCCGUAUUUUGAUAAGCCAGGACACCUGCCAGAUCUUUAAUUGCGUCUCUUUCAGAAAGAAUUGUUCUGCACUGAUGCAGUAAAACAUAGAAGACAUUGAGUUUCUUUCCUCUGGGACCUGGGAGAACUUAAUUUCCUAGAGCACUUUGUUGACUGUGUGAAUGGGGAGCAGGUACCAUGGAUGACAUUCACAAGGGAUAGUGCACUGCCCAAUAACACUUGGAAGUGGUUGUCAUUAACAUCACAGGCACAACACUCAACAACAUAGAGAUGCACGAACAGUUGAACUUAGAAGUAGCAGCAUUGGCAUUAUGUAAUAAAGGA